AUGGAAGAGGAAGGCACGGAUUUGCGAAAGCAAGCGAGGCUCGCCAUCAUGGAACUCGCCAACAUGAUAAGCGUUCCGAUGGCCCUAAACGCCGUCGUUCGCCUCAACGUCGCCGACGCCAUCUGGAACGCCGGCGCCAACGCACCACUCUCAGCCGCCCAGAUCCUCCCCCGCCUCCUCCCGGCCGGCGUUGGCGACGCCGAGAACCUCCAGCGCCUCCUCCGCAUCCUCACCAGCUACGGCGUCUUCCGCGAGCACCUCGCCGACGGCGAACGCAAGUACUCCCUCACCGACGUCGGCAAAACGCUCGUCACCGAUGAGCAAGGUCUCUCCUACGGGGCUUACGUGCUCCAACACCACCAGGAUGCGUUGAUGAGGGCGUGGCAGUUGGUGCACGAGGCAGUGGUAGACCCUACGAAGGAGCCCUUCGAGAGGGCGAACGGAGAGGGAGCGUACGGGUACUACCUGAAGCAACCAGAGAUGAACGAGCUAAUGUUGAGGGCCAUGGCAGGGGUGUCAGUGCCCUUCAUGACGGCCAUGUUGGAGGGCUACGAUGGCUUCCAGGGUGUGGAGAGGCUCGUCGACGUCGGCGGUAGUGGCGGUGACUGCCUCCGCAUGAUCUUGCACAAACACCCCACCAUCAAAGAAGGGAUCAACUUCGACCUCCCCGAAGUUGUUGCCAAAGCACCACCAACUCGAUGUGUCAGCCAUGUGGGUGGUGACAUGUUCAAAUCUAUUCCCCAAGGAGAUGCUAUCUUUAUGAAGUGGGUGCUAACAACAUGGACGGACGAGGAAAUAAAGCAGAUAAUGCAGAACUGUCACAAGGCACUUCCUGAGGGAGGGAAACUAAUAGCUUGUGAGCCAGUGCUGCCAGAGCACUCAGAUGAGACUCACAGAACAAGGGCGUUGCUUGAGGGUGACAUUUUUGUGAUGACAAUCUACAGAGCCAAGGGGAAGCACAGGACUGAAGAACAGUUCAGACAGUUAGCCGUUGAUGCAGGUUUCCCACGUUUCAGAGCCUUCCAUGUUGACCAUUUCUACACUAUCCUUGAGUUUCAGAAAUGA